AAGAAGAAGAAAUAGAAACUCCUGUAGUUACUUUAACUGAAGCAUUAAAAAGUGCUGAAGUACUUCUUAAUUUCAUAACUUACCCACCAGAAAAAUUUGAAACUUCAACAAAGCAAAUUUCUACUAUUCAUUCUGUUAGAA